AUGCGGACAAAGAACCAACAUGCUCGAAGAUUUGAACUAGAAGAAGACAUUGUCGGUUUUGAUGAAGAUACGAAAUACAUCAAAAGGCAAGUGUUCGACAUUAGUUUAACAGCUCGCGUUGCCCUUUCGGUUGUUGGUACCGGUGGUUUGGACAAGGAGAAGACCAAAUCCUCACAAUAUCUCAGUGUCACUGAAAAUGUCAACGACCAUAUCUCAUUGAACUGUUCUACCACUAAACUACGGUCACUUGUAAUUUAUCCGAAUGAAGGUUUUCAGAGAACGCCGGCAGUUACCACCCCUGGAGCGAAGUUCCUCAGGGUCUUGGAUUUGCAAAAACUACCCUUUGAGCACUUACCAAAGGAAAUUGGGGACUUGCAUCCUGUUAAGGUAUCUAAAUUUGGAACGAUCAAAAUUGAAGGAGCUACCUUCAUCUAUUGGGAACCUCAUCCACUUGCAGACUCUCAAUAUACACGGCCUGCAAGGAUUCACAUAGAGGAAGAAAAUUCCAGGAUGUUUUCCAACCUGAUCUCUCUCUUUAUUAGUGAAACAAGGUUGGAAAAGGAUGAAGAUAUUGCAAUGCUCGCAUCUCUCGCAGACCUUCAGAUUCUUCGAUUGCGUUCUGAUGCAUUUGUAGGAAGAGUUUUGGUGUUUCCAAAGGGAGGUUUUCCUCGUCUCCAAGAGAUCGAACUGUAUAGAUUGAGCACCUUGGAGCAGUGGGAAGUGGGAGACGGAGCAAUGCCUUUCCUUCGGGAACUAAGACUGUGGAACUGCAUAAAUAUGAGAAUGCUAUUGCUACCAGAGGGACUUGUAAGAUUGACUGAGCUCAAUCAAAUUGGCAUAAGAGGAAUGAAAAUGAUAGCGAGAAGGGUUGACAAGGAAUCUGGAGAAGAUUAUCACAAGAUCAAGCAUAUUCCUUGCAUUGAAAUAAAUUGA